ACCAUUUCGAUCCCUAGCAAGAGAGAGAGCAAAAAUGCAGAUAUUCGUGAAAACCCUAACCGGAAAGACCAUUACUCUCGAAGUAGAGAGCAGCGACACCAUUGACAAUGUCAAAACCAAGAUUCAAGACAAGGAAGGAAUUCCUCCUGACCAGCAGCGUUUGAUCUUCGCUGGUAAGCAGCUUGAAGAUGGUAGAACCCUAGCUGAUUACAAUAUCCAGAAAGAGUCGACUCUUCAUCUCGUGUUGAGACUCAGGGGAGGAAUUAUUGAGCCUUCUCUUAUGGCUUUGGCUCGCAAAUACAAUCAAGAGAAGAUGAUUUGCCGCAAGUGUUAUGCACGUCUGCACCCAAGGGCUGUAAACUGCAGGAAGAAGAAAUGCGGUCACAGCAACCAGUUGAGGCCUAAGAAGAAGGUUAAGUAGACGAUUCAUUCAAAGUUGUCAGUGUUAGAUUUGGACCGUAAUGUAUGUUUUUAUUGUUUCAAACAGGUGUGAUGUUUUGAUUUAGUUGAAACCGACUUUUAUCAUUUUUUUUAAUGCUUUUAAAUGGUGCAAGGAUUUUUAUUUUGGAA